AAUUCAGCUGCUCUGAGUGUGGGAAAAGAUUUGGCUUCAAGUCAGAUCUGAAGAAACACAUGAGAACUCACACAGGAGAAAAGCCUUUUAGCUGCUCUGAUUGUGGUAAAGCUUUCUCUGAUAGUGGAAACCAGAAGAAACACAUGAGAACUCACACAGGUGAAAAACCUUUCAGCUGUUUAGUUUGUAAAAAAACAUUUUUAAUGUCUAGAAAUUUACAGACACACAUGAGAACUCACACAGGAGAGAAGCCUUUCAGCUGCUCUGAGUGUGGUAGAGGUUUCACUGCUAGUGGGCACCUGAAGAAACACAUGAGAACUCACACAGGAGAGAAGCUUUUUAGCUGUUCUGAGUGUGAUAAAGCUUUCUUUGAUAGUGGAAACCUGAAGAAACACAUGAGAACUCACACAGGAGAAAAACCUUUCAGCUGCCCUGAGUGUGAUAAAGCUUUCUCUGAUAGUGGAAACCUGAAGAAACACAUGAGAACUCACACAGGAGAGAAGCCUUUUAGCUGCUCUGUCUGUAAGAAAUCUUUUAUACAGAGUGGAGAUUUACAGAACCACAUGGUAGUCCACACAGGAGAAACAAGAUUCAGCUGCAGUGUUUGUAAUAAAUCUUUUAGCCACAGUGGAAGUUUACGGUCACACAUGAGAACUCACACAGGAGAAAAACCUUUCAGCUGCUCUGAGUGUGAUAAAGCUUUCACCGAAAGUCACAACCUAAAGAAACACAUGGUAGUCCACACAGGAGAGAAAAGAUUCAGCUGCAGUGUUUGUAACAAAAGAUUUGCCUGGGGUUCUCAUGUCAAAAGACAUAAAUGUGUUGGUCCGAUGGAAACAAGCUGAUGGAGAGGACUGUGGAGGACCAGAACCAGCCAGGAACUCACAUCCACUUUUACAACCAGAGACUGAAGACCAGACUGGAAACUGGUGACAUGGAAUAACGUUUGUGCCUUUUAAAUCCAAGAAAAACGUCUCAAGUAUCAAACAAAAAUCUUUGUGUCAACAUCUAGAUAGAAGACAUUAUAUUGUGUGGUAGGAAAAAGUACACUCUUAUUUUAAAUAUUUUAUUAGAUAUUGUUUUGUCU